AUGAGAUUCGAAUCUUCCAUCCUUAUCGCCUCAUUGGCUGCAUCCGUCCUUGCGGCGCCUGCCCCCUACCCCCAACUUACCCUCAACAAGCGAUGGGUUGAUACUUCCGGUAACCCGCUUCCGGAACACUUUGUCAACACAGUCCGCAAGCUCUCCAGCGAGAAGCUGAAGGCUAAGCGCCAACUUGACCAACUUCUCGGUGGCCUUACUGGCGCCGCUGGUGGAGCAGGAGGUGCUGCUGGAGCCAACCCUCUCGCUGGUGCUCUUGGAGCAGCUGGCGGUGCAGGAGGUGCUGCCGGUGGCGCUGGAGGUGCUGCCGACCCCAUCGCUGCCUUGAUUGGAAGUGCUGCUGGUGGUAACCCUGCUGCUGGUGCCGCAACUGGAGCUGGUGCCGCUGGUGCCGCUACCGGUGCCGGAACUGGAGCUGCUGCUGCUGCCUCCCCCAGCCCUGCUGCUGGCAACGGCAAGGGCAAGGCUAACGCUGGUGCCGCGAAUGGUGCCGCGAAUGGUGCCGGUGCCGCUACUGGAGCGGGUGCUGGUACAGGUGCUGCUGGUACUGGUGCCGCUGGUACUGGUGCCGCUGGUACAGGUGCUGCUGGUACAGGUGCCGCUGGUACUGGUGCCGGUGCUGCUGCUGGUGGAGCGGGAGCUGGUGCUGGUGCCACCGUGGGUGCUGGCGCUUCCAACAACGGUACUGCUGCCGCUGCCCCUGCCGCCGGAAAGGGCAAGGGCAAGGGAAAGAAGGCGGCUAAGGCUGCUGCUGCUGCUGCCGCCGCCGCCGGCGCCGCCCUCUACCGCUGGAGCGGCUCUGGUGCCUCGUCUGGCAGCAGCGGUGCUUCCAGCUCAAACUAG